AUGCAUUAUAAAAAUAAUUUACAAGAAUUUUCUCGCUUCAUGUGCAAAGAUGAAUAUAAUUUUUCAACUGAAUAUAUAACUAUAAAUGGAAAUCAAAUAUUAGUACGAAGAAGUUCACGUCUUAAAAAUAUACAACCAAAAAAAUAUAUUUUUAAACGUCCAUAUAAAAAAAAAUUUAAAAUCUUAUAUUGUGAGAAAUGUAAUACGUUUCGAAAAACAAAAUUCUGUACUAAAUGUAAAAACAAAUUAUACAAUGUACAAGAUUUUGAUAUCGAUUCGAUUAAUUCAGAAUCAUGUUCAAUUUCUUCUAAUUCAUCAUAUAUUUCAGAUGAUGGAUUUGUUGUUCUUGAUAAAAAAUGUUCAAGUUUCUUUGAGGAUGAAGGAUUACGAAUGGAUGAUAGUGAUAAUUAA